AUGAUCUAUGGACGCAGUUUGUUUCACAUUGUAGCAAGUUUAAUCAUCCUCCAUUUGUCUGGAGCAGCCAAAAAAGGAACAGAAAAGCAAACCACCUCAGAAACACAGAAGUCUGUGCAGUGUGGAACUUGGACAAAACAUGCAGAGGGAGGUAUCUUCACUUCUCCGAAUUAUCCGAGCAAGUACCCCCCUGACCGGGAAUGCAUCUACAUCAUAGAAGCUGCCCCAAGACAGUGCAUUGAACUUUACUUUGAUGAAAAGUACUCUAUUGAACCAUCUUGGGAGUGCAAAUUUGAUCAUAUUGAAGUUCGAGAUGGACCUUUUGGAUUUUCUCCAAUAAUUGGACGUUUUUGUGGACAACAAAAUCCACCUGUAAUAAAAUCCAGUGGAAGAUUUCUAUGGAUUAAAUUUUUUGCUGAUGGAGAGCUGGAAUCUAUGGGAUUUUCAGCCCGGUACAAUUUCACACCUGAUCCUGACUUUAAGGACCUUGGAGUUUUGAAACCAUUACCAGCGUGUGAGUUUGAGAUGGGCGGCCCUGAAGGCAUUGUGGAGUCUAUACAAAUUAUGAAGGAAGGCAAAGCUUCUGCUAGCGAGGCUGUUGAUUGCAAGUGGUACAUCCGAGCACCCCCGCGAUCCAAGAUCUACUUACGGUUCUUGGACUAUGAGAUGCAGAAUUCCAACGAAUGCAAGAGGAACUUCGUGGCGGUGUAUGACGGAAGCAGCUCGGUGGAGGACCUGAAAGCCAAGUUCUGCAGCACGGUGGCCAACGACGUGAUGCUCCGCACGGGGCUCGGGGUCAUCCGCAUGUGGGCCGACGAGGGCAGCCGCAACAGCCGCUUCCAGAUGCUCUUCACGUCCUUCCAAGAACCUCCCUGUGAAGGCAAUACUUUCUUCUGCCACAGUAACAUGUGUAUUAACAAUACGUUGGUAUGCAAUGGACUCCAGAACUGUGUGUACCCUUGGGAUGAAAAUCAUUGUAAAGAAAAGAGGAAGGCCGGGCUGCUGGACCAGCUGACCAACACCAGCGGGACGGUCAUUGGCGUGACUUCCUGCAUUGUGAUCAUCCUUAUUAUCAUUUCUGUCAUUGUGCAGAUCAAACAGCCUCGUAAAAAAUAUGUCCAAAGGAAAUCGGACUUUGACCAGACAGUUUUCCAGGAGGUGUUUGAGCCUCCUCACUAUGAGCUGUGUACCCUCAGAGGGACAGGAGCCACAGCUGACUUUGCCGAUGUGGCCGACGACUUUGAAAACUACCAUAAACUGAGGAGGUCCUCUUCCAAAUGCAUUCACGACCAUCACUGUGGUUCACAACUGUCCAGUGCGAAAGGCAGCCGCAGCAACCUCAGCACGAGAGAUGCUUCUGUCUUGACCGAGAUGCCCCCACAGCCCGUCAAACCCCUCAUCCCGCCCAUGAACAGAAGGAACAUCCUCGUCAUGAAACACAACUACUCCCAGGAGGCUUCCGACGCCUGUGACAUCGACGAGAUCGAGGAGGUGCCCACCACGAGUCACAGGCUGUCCCGCCACGAGAAAGCCGUCCAGCGGUUCUGCCUCAUUGGGUCUCUAAGCAAACAUGAAUCUGAAUACAACACAACUAGGGUCUAA